GCAUGAUGUCCCGAAAAAGUCGUUAUGAGUCAGCCAUGUGUGUGUGCCAGUGUGUGUGUGGGUGUAUGUGUGGUCCGUUCGCGAUCGCGUAUGUGUGUCGCGCAGGGCCUGCUUGCCCGGUUGUGAAAACGUCAUCGCCUCCCAAUACCACUGCAAAUACGGACCGAACGCGUGUGUGUGUGUGAGAAAGAGAGAGAGUGAGAGAGCGCGCGCACACCCGAGCGGGACAGAGCAGCAACUGUCAUCCAACACACCUUCUUGGGUCGCGCUGGUUGUGUGCUGUAGUCGCGUAUUGUUUGCCUCUGCCCGCCGUCUACGUCGGUUGUGUUGAAGCAGAAAUCGACAGCAACAACAACCACCAGCAGCAGUAGCCCCAGACGGUGGCAGGCCAGCAUCAGCGAAACGGCAACGUGUCUAGCAGCUUUUCCUUAUCCGCAAGGGAAACGCGCAAAACGAGUCGAAGUGGAAUCAGGUGUAAAUAGCAAAACGAAGAAGCGGAAAAGAUAAGCGAAGGAGAGGGAGAAAGAGAAGCAAAAAGAAAAAGAAAAAAAAAACAUCAUCUCCGAUCAUCAUCCUAAGAAGGGUGAGAAAGCGUAGUGCGCGCGGUGAGAAGAUCGUGUUCGGUUUGCGCUGUGUGGUGAGUUGGGUGAGAAAGUUUUCACGAUCGUUUCAGUGGUGUGUGGUGCAGCGUGAUUGUGAGUGUGUGUGUGCGUGUUUGAAAAGAAAAGUGCAACCGCAAAAAAAGGGGCGCCCACCUGUUACGAAGGGCUUUGCGUGGAAGAAAAUCUGCUCAGUGCGCGCAUAACACACGCGCACACGCACGCAGAGCGAACAGCAGCAGCAGGUGUAUGCGUGGCGGUUUUAGUGGUGUGCUGCGUGAAGUGCGUGUGUCACAGUAGUUUUGUUUUUUGUGUUGUUUGGUCGAACAGCUCGAUCGCGAUCAUCUUUUUUGUCGAAUCAGCUCACCGUGUACGUGAGCGUGUGUGUUUCUCGUGAGAUUGUGUGCGCCCAACACAGUCGUCAGAGCAGCAUCUCGCACGGUCAGCCGUGGUUGGUUUGCUCACCUCGUGAGCUCGCGUGCAUCGGUGAGAAGAUUUUCGCUACCGCCGCGCCGCUCCCCUUCAUCUUCUUCCAUCAUCUCGUCGCCUACUGGGUACGGUCCGCGCGUGUGUGUGUGUGUCUGGUGGUUUUAGCGCACGGAAGGAAAUGUAAUGUGUUUGAAAGCUAAGACACAAGAAUGCCAAUACAGGCGCCCCAAUGGACAGAGUUUCUCAGCUGUCCCGUUUGCUGCAACGAGUUUGCAGCGAAUCUACGCCCACCGAUCAGUCUAGGAUGCGGCCACACGAUCUGCCGCACCUGUCUCGCCACACUCCACCACAGGCAGUGCCCGUUCGAUCAGACUGUUAUUUCGACUGAUUUAGAUUAUCUACCGAUUAAUAAUGCAUUACUGCAGUUGGUCAGUACACCAGGAGCUUCGUCCGCACUGGCAUACGGUACGAAAGGCGGAGCAGCAGCAGGAGGAGGUGGAGGAGGCAGUGGGACAGGUAGUGCCAACAAUUCUACCAACAAUGGUAGCACUGCAUCACCGGGAGGAGGAAGCUCGCAGGGCGCUGUUUGCGGGAGCAAUAGCAGCGCAAGCAGCAGCAGCUGUAGUAGUAGCAGCAGCAGCAGUAGCAGUAGCAGCAGUAGCAGUAGCAGCAGUAGUAGUAGUGCCAGCAGCGAUGGUAAUAAAACCAACAGCAGCAACAGCUCGACUUCUUCCUCCGGUGGUGUAAACGCUCCGACCGGCGCCAAUGCGUCCGCCGGCAUCAUCGCCGACCCCGACCUCAACUCGACGAGCGUCCAGAGCCUCAGCCCCGAGAACCUGCAGUACUACAAAUCAGCCAAGGGAUGCAUCGAGGAGCUGGCGCUCUACCUGAAGCCCUGCCCGUCUGCCGGCAGCGGCUCGGUGGCGGGCGGGAGCGGCAACGUCGGCGGAGGCUCUUCGGGGCCCUCGGGCGCCAACCUGCUGUCGCGGCAGAUGCAGCGCAAGCUGGUGAUACUGGUCAACUGUCAGCUGAUCGAGGACGAGGGCCGGGCCCGGUCGCUCCGUGCCGCACGCUCGCUCGGCGAGCGCACGGUCAUGGAGCUGAUCCUGCACCAUCAGAACCCGCAGCAGCUCAGCACGAACCUGUGGGCGGCGGUGCGGGCCCGCGGCUGCCAGUUUCUCGGGCCGGCCAUGCAGGAGGAGGUGCUGAAGCUGGUGCUGCUAGCGCUCGAGGACGGGUCGGCCCUGUCGCGCAAGGUGCUGGUAAUGUUUGUGGUGCAGCGGCUCGAGCCGCACUUUUCCCAGGCGUCCAAAACGAGCAUCGGCCACGUGGUGCAGCUGCUGUACCGGGCGAGCUGCUUUAAGGUGUCGAAGCGCGAGGGCGACUCGUCGCUGAUGCAGCUGAAGGAGGAGUUCCGCACGUACGAGGCGCUGCGCCGCGAGCACGACGCCCAGAUCGUGCAGAUCGCGACGGAGGCCGGGCUGCGCAUUGCGCCGGACCAGUGGUCGUCGCUGCUGUACGGCGACACGGCACACAAGUCGCACAUGCAAAGCAUCAACGACAAGCUGCAGACGCCGCAGUCGUUCGUGCAGUCGGUGCAGGAGCUGAUCAUCGCGCUGCAGCGCACGGGCGAUCCGGCUAACCUGUCCGGGUUGCGGGUACAGCUGAAGCAUCUGGCCGCGAUCGAUUACAACAGCGAGAACCUCGUGCCGAGCUGGGCAGAGUGUGCGGCCGCGCUGCAGGCAGUGAAGCGGGUCGUCGCCGGGCUGGUGGACUUUGUGCAGCACCAUGGCAAUCGGAAGCUGCAGGAGGCGGGCCAUCUGGCGCACAACCGCAACUACAAGAUCAGCCUGUGCCGGGAUCUGAACAACCGGGGCACGUGUCCGCGCGGCCCGAAUUGCACGUUUGCCCAUUCGGACGAGGAGCUGGAGAAGUAUCGGACGAAGCUGCGCAAGAGCCACGGCAGCAGCAGCAGCGCGACGGCCAGUCUGCGGAUGGUACCGAAUGGUAAAGACCAUCAUUCGAGUGGCACUGGGGGAGGAGGUGGAGAUAGAGAUAGAGGUGGUGGAGGAGGAGCAGGCCAGACGGGAGGGGCAAGUCGUGCGCGUUCGACGGUGGACUAUCACGGACACUCGGGAGGUAGCGGCAGUAAUGGGGAUGGUGCGAGUGGAAACAUGCAUCAAAGCUCGUCCUCCUCGCACGGUUACCAUUCAUCCGGAGAGGAAGCAUCGUCGCCAGUGCGCUAUCACAAGACAUCACCCGCCAGUGGUGGAGGAGGAGGUAACAGAGACAGUGCAGGAAGUCAACAUGGCCAUCGAAUGAUGGAUAAACCACACGGUGCAAGCGGCAGCGUCGGCUUGGGAGCAGCAGCCAGUGGUGGUGCUAAUGGGGCUGGAGGUCCUCACCCAUCCGGAUCCUUCAGUGGAGGAGGCUCGAUGUCAAUGAAUGGAGGAGGCCGUGGAGGCUACUCUGUUGGUGGGGGUAGUACGACAGCCGGACACUAUCCACAUGCUGCUGGUAAUGGCGGUGGCUACUCUAAUCGUGGACCGCCCCAUCAUUCCAACAGUGGUCCCGGUGGUGGAGCUGGUCCUUCCUCACAGGGUGGUGGAAUGCAGCACAAUUCACCCCAGGCGAUGAGAUUCCGUCCUCCACCACACAUGGGUCCGGGGGCAGGAGGAGCUAGUGCCAACGGUGGCGGCAACUAUCACCCCGGUGGACCGGGCGGCCCAGUACCACCGACUCAUCCCGGCAUGCAUCACGAUGGCGCUGCUAAUGGAAGUCAUCACGCGGGUGGUUAUCCGCCUUCCGGACAGCCAGGAGGCGCAGGACACGGCCCUGGCGGGCAUCAGAUGGAACCGCACCACCACCAUCAUAGCCCGUUGCCGAACUCGCUGCACCAUCCUCCGUACUUCGGUCCGGGUGAGUAUCCGGAGGGUGGUAAACAUGGCGUGGAGCAUGGACCCCAGCACGGUCCGCCACAUCACCACGGCCAUAACCAUCCUGCGCAGUCACGACGGCCCCCGCCGAACUAUGCCGGCUCGGAUAAUUUCGCCAGUCCGCCCCACCACCAUCACCUGGGCGGGGGACAACACCACGGGAAGGUGGGCCCCGUCAACCAUCAGCAGCAGCCCGGUGGUGGCAGCUAUGGAAUCGGAGGACAUGGAGGGCCAGCACCCCUCCAUCCUUCCACCGGUGCAGCACCAUACGGGCCUGGUGGAAGUCCCAAAAAUGGACACUCCAAUGCAAGCGGCCCAAUGGGCUCGAAGUAUAUGGGCGGAAUGCAGCACCAGGGGGGACAGCAGCAGAACUAUCAUCAUCAAAAGCUGGGCCCGCAGGGGCGUGACUUCAAGGAGAAGCAGCAUCAGCAGAGCAAUCGGGGACCGCAUCUGGUACCGUCGCAGCAUGGCCAUGGAAUGCCACCGCCGAUACCGCCGUCCGCCGCCGGCCCACCGUACUCGGGCGGACGUAAUGGGCCGCUUCCACCGCCCCCGUAUCUAUCUUCCCCAGGGCUGCCCGGAAUGGGUGGCCCGGAAACGGUGGGCAAAAGUUCUCCCGGGCAGGUGGCACCGCCAGCACCACCACACCACAAUGGCUACAACGGGUCUCAGCCGGGCUAUCAGCACAAUCACGCGCCGCCCCAUCACCACCAUCCGCAUCACCAUCUGCAUCACGGGCCGCCUGGAGCGUAUCAACCGUCGUCGCGCCCGUCCGUCGGUGGUGAGCCACCGGCCGGCUACCUGGCCAAGACGUUCUUCGACACACUCGGCACGGUGGCGGGCAGUGGUACGAAGAAAUCGUACAACCAGCAGCUGAUGAACCAACAUCUGAACGAUAUCGGCAUGCCGAACCCGGCCCUCGCCACCAGCAAGGACAUGUUCAUCCGGUCCGAUUCGCUGCUAGCGGACGAUGAUGCACUGAUCGUGGCGGAGCAGGAGUGUAACAAUGCCGCCCCGUACGGGCCGAUCUCGCGCAUGAACCCGAUCGGUACGGAACGCAUCGACUUGGGGCUGACGCCGCGAGGGCACCCGAGGGGUCACCAGCAGCAGCGGGCUGGUCUGUGGUCCACUACGUCUUCCUCCUCGCUUGGCGACAAUCCUUCGCCGACCGGCGGCGGAACCGGUAGCUCGUCCGCCUCCUCGCCGUUCUACCCUGGCAGUGGCACUCCGUCGAUGCCGCAAAACCAUAAGCAUUCGAUGCAGCAACCGUCGUCACACCUUCCAUAUCAUGUACACCACCACCACCACCAGCAGCAGCAGCAGCAUCAACAUCCGCACCAUCCAUCAUCUUCCUCCGCCGCCACUGCCGUGUUGGCGAAGAUGGCGCCCGAACCGAACAACAACACACUGGACUUUGAUCUGUUGCGCGCGAAUAAGAAGACGCUAGAGUACGAUCCGGCCGGCGGCAUGGCCGAUUGCUGCGACCCAGUCGCAGCAACGUCCGGCAAUGGUAACAACAGUGGCUGUGUAGAGCAGGAUUUCCUGCUACAAUCAUUGGUUUCGCAGGGUGGGCUUACCGGGGGCCAUUACGGGCAGCAGCAGCAGCAGCAGCCGCCGCCGCAACACUACCACUCCGUGAUGACCAACUCGGUGAUGAUGAUGACGGAGCGAAGCGAUUCUCCCCAACAGCAGCAUGCUCAACAGCAGCACCUGCUGGCGAAGGCGGGAGAUCGAUGCAAUGGAGGAAGUUUGGGUGAACGGUUGACUGGCAGUGCUGGAUCAGCACUAUCGCCCGCCGAAGAUCAGCGCAAGCUGAACGAUCUUAAGAGUCCGCAGUCAUCGCUAUCGGGCAUACAAUCGCCCGGCAUGAUCAUGUCGGUGACAUCGGAGUCUUCCGUCUGCACGACACCGCCGAUGGUAGUAGGCGGCACCGGCGGUCCUAAUGGCGGCACGUCCAUGUGGAACAAUCUGCUGGAGCUGUCCAGCUUCAAAUCGUCGCCAGACGACACGCACGAUCAGGACGCGAGCUGCAACGCGAACGGGCGCAGCAACGGCACGGCCGGUUACCCCGGGCUGCCGUUCGCGUCGGCUGCUUCCACCUUUAUACGCUCGUCCGAGCACUACAAGCUGCCGAAAAUGCUGAUCGACUCGGGCAGCGGCCAACAGCAAGGUUUCCUGGGCCAGCCAGGCAAGGGUGCGGCACCGGGGGCUAGCGAUACGCUCGGCGAUGUUGCCCGCUAUCACGAACUGAUCACUAGCAGCCAGCCGGCAUCGCCAAGCUGCUUGAGCGACCGUGUGGCUAGCGAUGAUCAACGCAAAAUGAACACUUUCAAAGAACUGAACGACCUAAGGAUUCAAUCAUCUUCCGUGGCGGGUAUUACGUCCUCGGCAAUUCUGACCUCCGUGACGGCCUCAUCGUCCCCGUCGGUCGUAUCGUCUGCCGGUGGCUCCGAUGGAGGCGUAUCGCUUCACGUCGACCAGUCGGCUGCAUCGCUGUGGAACAAUCUGCUCGAGCUGCCCAGCCUCAAACCGAUGUCGGGCGUCGUCGGGCUGGAUCAGGCCGGCGCUAACGAUCCGCUGCUGAGCAGCCUCAACACCAGCAAGGGUAGCAGCUGCGAGGAUGCGUACGACAUUGCGGACGAUAUGCGCGAGCUGGAGCAGCGCCUCAAGUCGGUGAUCGACGAGAAUGGCAUAUAACACAGGGAGCUGGCGGGAAUGCGGCUAGUGGCAGCAAUAGUGGCGGCCGCCCAAGCCAGACCAUAUCUGUAGGAUACAAUCCAAUACUGUCUGCGUGUGUGUUUGGGGGGAGUGGGUUUGUUUGUUUUUUUUUUAAUGCUAAUGACGAAUCAAUUGCGGAUUUGAGACGUUCGGACGUCGAACGUUGCCAACCCCCUUUUUUAGUGUAAGUUACAUCAGUUCAGUUUGUUUCACAACUCGUUCUUUCUCCAUCUCUCCUUACUCGCUAAAAAGAGAGAGAGAGAGAGAGAGAGAUUUACGGCGAAAGUUGCCGUAUCUAUACUAGGAGCCUCCUGUGGGGGAGAGCAUUAGCUGCCGCGAUAGGCUUUGCUUAAAGAAAUUUUGUUCCGUUGUAUUUUUACAUGUUGCAAAACCGAUUGAAAAGCGAUCAGUUCGAGCUGGCGAGAAAUGAGUUUGGUUCUUCUUUUUUUCCCCCGUGUAGUUUUUGCUAAGAAAUGUGUUUAAACAUUUUGCUUUUUGGUUAAUGUUUAAUUCCUGCAUAGAAAGGGUCAUGGACUGAUCUGUGAAUAACGUUAAUUUAGAAUCGGUUAAGGUAAUCCGCUUUUUUAUGAUUAUUGUUGUGUGCUAGUUUCGAUAGAGAAAGACAAUUUGGACGAAGGGAAAAGGAUUAAUGAAACUGUGCUCCGAUAUUGAAUUGCCAAGAUGGACUGGCACGUUUGUGAAAUGCCUUAAAUACGUUAAAAAGAAUGCGUUGCUGAACAGAGGUUUUUUUUGUCUUGUUUUCCUUUCUACUCUGCUUUAAAACAUAAUCCCCAAUCGCUCAACGGUGAAGACACUAGUAGUCCUUUGUUUAAUUAAUGGAAAUAGUUUAUCGUGUUAUUACUAAUAUCUGUUUCCUAUUUCCAAACGGGAUGGGGUGGAGGCACCGAACAGUGAGUACUACAUUGUUCAACAUGCGUUCACGCGUUAGCAGUCUUUUUCUAGCUCAAUUUACACGCAAUAUAUGCUUAACCAUGCGUGCUCCGGGAAUUCAGGCUAUUAGUGAGGAUAUAAUUUUAACGACACGCUAGCUCCCAACGACCCUGUUUGCGAGCGAACGAUUGUUCUGUGAAGGGAUACUACACUGUCCCUGCUCUAGAUAAUGUUACUAGGUGAUUAACACACAAGCACAGUUAAAACUUGUUUUUCUUCUUCUUCUUUUUGAUCGCUUAUAAAGCUUUUUAGACCGUAGUAGAAUGCUUGGGUAACAGUUUACAAAUUUUAUCAUUGUUUGUUUGUUUUCUUUUUAAAUAUUAUAUAUGUAUUACAUACCGUAGCAUCAUGAACACAUUAAUCGUUAUAUGGAUUACACACAGUUAUUGAGUGACGAGUUGCGUUGAAAGCGCUUGCUUUUGAUUUUAGAAAAAGCAAAGCUAUGUUUUAAGAUGUUACAACUACAUUAGUAAUUUUAGCAUACAUUUUCCCCAUUGCUCAGCACGGUAAGAGAGAAGGAGGGCGAGAAAUUAAAGAGAAAACGAGUAAUUGAUUUUACAAUGCGGAGCUAUACAAUACUCUAAACUUUCGUUCCGACUGCCCGUGAUUAGUAGUGCCCCGAUGCCCCCUCCAAAUACAUCUACUGACAUCUACUGUUUUCAUUGCCGACAAGGAACAGUACUAGCACUUAUGUUUGCAAAUAAGUUACUCUUACCCGCGCAGCAUAUAUCCGUUUGCAGCGUUGAGAAUUGUUGUUACCCCAACACGUGUGCGACGGCGUGAAGCAGCCACCUAGCUUAAUUGUAUCCGAGGUCACACUUUCAUUCGACGAAAUGAUACUAGUUACACUAGCAAAAAAGUGAAGAAUGAAAAUCACACAUAAAUGCUCUUAUACGAAUGUACAGUGUAGCAAAUUGGAACCCACUUUGACAGUAACGAUGGUGCGGGAUUGAUUGUGUGAGUGUGAUUUACAGUUAAUAGUCCAAUUUAAACACCGGCAACCGGUGUGCGAGAUACUCUCCGGAACUCGUUUAUGCGCGCAAGGCAGCCCGCGCUUGUUCAUUAGAGUAUGUUGUAUAUUCUAGUAAAAAAAAACAAAGUCACAAACCACACGUGCAUAUACACCUUAGACAGAAGACAAACAGACUAUUAAGAUGCUACGCUAAACAAAAACACAAAACACAUGCAAACGUACUCUAGUGGAUAGGGAAUGAUCGAUUUUUCAGUUCCUGAUCUUUUGUGGUUUUACACAAAAAGAACGUGCAGGAGGAUGAGAAAAAAGGAGUAGUAAAAUGCUGUAAAAUUAGUAGCGAAAUUAUUAUUACCACUUACCCGUAAAUGCCGAGCUGCCCAUCGGCUCGGACUGUUCGCGCUCGGAACGUUAACAAACAAACAGACUUGGCGGUUUGCAUCCAUGCACUCUAACCGCUCCAAUGCUCGCAAAUGGUGGUGUUUUCAUACUCGCGAGUCUAGCAAAUGAAGGACAGAGGGAGGGAUAGGACAGUUUCGUGCCAGGGAGGAGGCCAUUUGUUUACGAUGUAAACUGGAAUGACGGUUAGCCGGAAGCUCAUACACACAGACACAUUCUCGCAGAAGCGCGUGUUGUGCCAGCGUGGUUCGAUGAUGCUAUUUGCCAUCAAUUUGGCACAAAUGUAUCGUGUAAUUUUAUUAGCAUCCGAUGUUAUUCUGCAUAUAUACAAUAGGUAGCUUAUUUUGUUUCCGCUCAGCAAAGUGACGUUGGUGAAGAUCACACUAGCGAGCAGAUUGUUUUAACUAAUGUACUAACUAUAUAACCGCCUCUUUGUUACUUUGCGCUACGUAUGCAAACCCUUUCCCCAAACCCUGUUGAUAAGUUAUAUCCCCUGUGCGCUUUUGGGUGGAACUGUUUGCUGUUUGGAAAGAAGUUUAACCAUUUAUACCACAAGUUUGCCAACUGCGCUUACCCCUGGGACAGCUUUUCAGUCACAGACGCUUUUCACGGGCGCGUGCAGCAGUCAAGGCAAGAAUAAUUGUACUCGUUUUUCUUUAUUUCCUUUCUUAAACCCAAUGGGUUGUUGGUGAAUGGUAUACAUUUUGUAAAAAUAUUCUAUUUAUUUCGUAGGAAACGAUUCUGCGUUUGAGAAACGUUCACACAUUUUUAUCCUCGACUGAACAAAAGAAAACCACGAAAGUGAGUGAGCGAAGAGUUCAGUUCCUCGGGAACACGAUGCACACACCGUUUGUUUGUCCGAAAUAGCGAGAAGAAUUUUGCAAAAUGCAAAACAAACAGAGUGGUCAGGAUGCGGAACCAGAACAUUUGUUAAGAUUUCUCGACACUCGGAAGUUUUUCGUUUGAAAAAAAAAAAAGAAAUCAAGAACAUGAUUGUGUAACCACACUACUGUGUAUUACGAUAAACUAAGUGAAUCAAUUUAAUGAUUCCCAUCGCUUCGCCGCCAAUCACGCCAAGAAGGAGGGACGAGGAUAAUCAAUGAUGAGAUUCUGUGUUAGGCUUGCAAUAUUGUCUAGUGAGUAUGCGUAGCGAAAGAACGCGUUAGCGAAAUUUGCUCCGUUAAUUUUGGAAGAACUGUGGUAAGACGGGGAAACAUUAAUGGCGAAGCACCACUAGUAGUAGUAGUCGUAGUAGUAGCAUAAUAGUAGCAAGCUUUUACAAGCCAUUGGAACAAAACGUUGAUGAUUGAAAGAUGUUACACAUGAAAGACAGCCAAUCGAGAUGGAGGGAAAAUUAAUCAUUUCCUCUACUAGCUAAUACGACGGGUAACGGUGCGAGCUAGCAAGAUAGUAAAACCAGCAAAGCAAACAUAUGCAAAACAGCAAAUCACAACUAUACACUUGAAGAAGAGGAAAACAAACACUAAACAAAUCGAAACAAACACAAAGCGAAUGAUGUGUGUGACUAAUGAGUCCAAUUUGUAGUUCAUAAAGGUCACAAAGCAAAGCAACAGUAACAACAAAACGAAAACACACAGAGACACACAUAAUUAGCAUCAUUUAUACAUUGGUAUAUCCUUCCCCCUCCCAACUUCUAUACACGGCGACAUACAAAAGUGCAUAAAGGAUGGAUGAGAUGGAUGAAACAGAGUUAACAUUUAAUAUAUAUAUGAAGAAAAAAAAAACAAGGAUAUAUACAUACCUAUAAACAUAUAUUUGAAACAAAAAAAAGUAUAUAUAUAUAUUUUUAAUAUUCGGAAGUUAAGCAGAAGAGAGACAUAUAUAGAAUCUGAACGAGAUGGCUAUUAACGUAUUAUAUGUACAACCAGAACGGUGGAUAAACAAACAAACAAACAAAAAAACAAUGAAAUGAAACAACUAGGUAAAUGGAAGCAAUAGACAAAACAACUCUUAACAAAAAAAAAACAAUACAAGAUGAAACAAAAUAACAACACAAAAAACAAACAAAACACGUUUUCCCAUUGGGUUUCUGCGCACGCGAUCGCGGGCAUGAUCACGAAAAGACAAACCACAAAGCAACCCGAAGAAAAACACGAUCAAUCACACGGUGAGAAGAGAAAAAAUCGAUUCAAAAGAGCUGGCGUAAGUGUUUUGUUUUGCCAUUUAUUUACUGCCUCUUGUAUUUGUACUUCAAUUUGAUUAUCCUGUUCGACUUUGCUGCUAAAUUUAACGUUCUUUAUCAUACUUUCGGUGCCCAUUUUAUAGCGUUUGUCUGUCUGUUUUUGUUUGUUCUGUUUUGUGCUUCUUAUAUUGUUUUUGAGUUCUGCAGCGGGUAACCAAAAGGGGGUAGAAUUAGUGUGUAGCGAUGCAUAGCAAAAGCCUAUAGUUUUCUAACCAUUACUGGUCCCCUUUUGAGCGACAGUAGAGGAUGAGUAGGAAGGAGAAGCAGUGUCGAUAGAGUGAAAUGACGACGACGAAGACAAGAUAGUGAAGAAAAAAUGAAAUUAUGUUAUUAGCUCUUAAAGACGCUUUUUUAUAUAUAUUAUAUGAUAUCUUUUCCCAUAUUUCACACACUCUGUCACUAGCGAUUAUUAGCGUGUUACAGGUUCGUUUGAGCAUGAUAGGAAAGGUGGGAAUUUAAAGCUGCGUUUUACGCAGCCCGUUUAGGCGCGAUGCGUUGAUGAACGUCGAACGUUCGGUUUUUUUUGUUUGUUCUUUCUCCUUCCUAUAAACUAUUAUACUAUUAUAAUAACAGCGCUUAAACAUAAACCCCUUUUUCCCAAUCAUUACACAGUGUGAAUGUGUGUGUUGUAGCUCAAAAACCACCACCCGGAAUAGGAAUUUAAUACAAUUUUUAGCGUUUAGUGUAGUUGAUCUUUUUCGCGUUGAUUGUUGAUCGAUAUUUUAUUAUUAUUAUUAUCAUUAUUUUACUUACACCACUCGUUUCGUCGUACGCCACCAAUGCGCUCUCAAGCGCAAAACCUCUCGCCCACCAGCGCAAUUCUUCUAUUUUAUUACUGCUUACUACUGCUAAGCGAUUUGUUCUGUUGUGACCUUUCCUCUUAUACUCUGUGUUCCUUUAAACGAACUGUUUAACUUAUUUACACACCCAACACCCAUUUUCGUAUGAUAUCUUCGCUUGGACCCCCAUUUCGGUAUUGUUUCGUUUGUGCAACGGUUUCGCAAAUGGUAUGAACUAUAUAUGUGUAUAAGCAAAAGGGAUAGAUAGAUAUCGUUUCGUAUACUAACUGGGUUUAAAGAUUAAAACACACACACACACAUAUGCAGAUACAUUUUUUCCUCCAAAUACUUGCUUCCGUUUGUUUUUAACUUAGGCGGCAGAGUUAGGCAAUGCAUCGCUAAUAAUCAUUCAAUUGUUGCGUUAUAAAAAUCACCAAUCGAAGGGGAAAUUGUAAUGGGGUUAGCAGAGAUGGUUCGAUUGGUAACAGCAGCGUGUGGCGAGAAGUAUUUAGCAAAGCGUUUAAAAAUACCGUACCAAGUUAAACUGACCCGAUCGGAAAUACAAGAGUUACUAGCGUUGAAAUUAAGCUCCAUUCUUUUUUUCUGUUUUUA